AUGGCGCUCGGCGGCCUCCCAUGGGCCACAAUGGCCUUUUCAGGCGUCCUCGCAGCCCUCAGCUACGGCCUCAUCCGGCUGGUCCAAGUGCGGCGCUUCUACAGAGACCUCCCCAAGCCGCCCCACAGCUUCCUGUUUGGCCACCUCAAGCUGUUUGGCGAGGCCUUCGCCAUGCUUCCCAGCUACGGCCACUAUCAAGUCGCCGUUACCACCAUUGCCAGGAAGUACAACAUGCCCGGGGUCUUCUAUCUCGACUUGUGGCCCAUAGCAGACGGCCAGAUGGUGGUGACAGACCACGACGUCGCUCUCCACGUGACGGCCCACCGCAACCAUCCGAAGCAUCGUAUGGAGGGCGUCACCAUGGAUCCCAUGCUUGGAGCUGGCAACAUUGUCAGCGUAGACGGACCGCGCUGGAAGCAUCUGCACAGAAUGCUCAGCCCGGCCUUUUCCAUCUCGCACACCACCGCCAUGAGGCCGGCCGUGGCGGAUGAAGUGCUCAAGUUCCGGUCGAUUCUGCACGAGAAGGCGCAGUCGGGAGAGACGUUCCGGCUCGAAGACUUCACGCAGCACCUGACGUUUGAUGUCAUUGGCACUGCGACGUUUGGGCGCUCGCUCAAUGCCCAGGCCGACGGCAGUCCCGCCCUACAGCAUUUCCACAACAUGUGUCGCGCCCACAGGACGACGCGAGAGUCAUUCAACCUGGUCCGCAACUUUUUUGUCAAUGCAAGGCGCGACUCGGAACGGCGCAAACUGGACGCCAACAUCGCCGAGCUUAUCAAGGAACGAUUCGAGAUUGUGAAGCGCGACAAGCUGGAUCUCUCUGGCAAGCGGGGACUGGGCAUCAUGGACCUUAUGCUACGAGACUAUCUCGCAGGGCCCGGGAAGAGCGAGAGCACCAGCCUGGACCCUCAAUUCCUCCAAGACGCCGUCACGCAGGUCAAGACGCUGCUCGUCGCUGGCAGCGGCACAACAUCGGAUACCAUCUGCUUUGGCACCAUGCUGCUGAGUGUGCAUCCCGACGUGGUUGGAAAGAUGCGAGAGGAGCAUGACCGCGUGUUUGCACCGGGCAUUGAGGCGAGCUACGAGAUUCUCAAGGCCCAUCCCAGCAAGCUCAACGAGCUGGUGUACACCAAGGGUGUGGCCAAGGAAAUUCUCCGCUUCUAUCCGAUCGGCAACACUGCACGCGAAGGAAUCGAUACCGUUGCCUACCGGGGCCAGGAGUGGCCAGCCAAGCAUCACAUGAUCUGCCCUGUUCAGAUGGCGAUACACAUGGAUCCCAAGCUGUUCGCAGAGCCCCUCAAAUUCGAUCCCGAGCGGUACAUGCGCGAGGAUUUCCCCCGCCAUGCAUGGCGCCCAUUUGAGCGGGGGCCUCGGGCGUGCCUGGGCCAGCCGCUGGCCAUGGAUGAGGUUUUGAUAGUCCUGCUGCUAACUGCUCGCGAGUUUGACUUUGCCUGCACAGACGUCAAGCCCAACAAGACGCCUAGGCUAGAGUGGUUCGACCUCGACUUGACGUUUGGGGACAGAGCCUUCCAAGAGUGGUUCUUUGAAGCCCAGCCACGCGACGGCAUGCCCAUGACGGUCAAAAAGUCCCAGUGGCCGUGCUGAGAAUGGCCAGGCUGCCGAGUCAUGCGUCGAUGCUUGCACCCCAGCGACGCUGUGCUUAAGCAUCACCCGACGACUUACUUGUAUUGCCGAGCAUUGCGGCAGCGCGCCCGGCCCACGGCAUGCAGCAUGUAUCAACUCUAAAUCAGGCACAUUGCCCAAAACGGCAGUGCAGCAUUCUUGUGCUACUGGCCACAUGGCUUACCGCCAGGCGCUUUUAUGCCACGGGACGGCGUGGCAGCAAGAUGAGAUUAGCAUGUAUGUAACGUCAUGCAUCCGGCUGCUCCGUCUCCCCUGCCCACAU